GACAAGUUUUGGGUAAUUGAGAGAAAGUUUGUACUGGGAGAGGUUUCUUACCAACAAUUUUGGGGUAAAGAGUGGAGAUGUGUUUUUUAUAAAAAAUUAUACCAGUAGGAAGAUUGAAAUGGAUAUGUUUAGUUUUGAAAAGUUAUGGCACAAACAAUUCGUGUUGAUUCUCGUGGCAAAGUUUCUUCCAACUCAAUUACAUAUUUCUAUUUGCUAUUUUGUUUCAGGAAAGGUGUAACCUUUCGUUUCUUCAUCAUUUGGCCAAUUUCUUGUAAAAACAGAAAAAAGUUAGAAUAACAUUGUGUAAAAGCAAAGAAUUUAUUUUAAUGCAUGUUUGUGGGGAGAAUCAGAAUGUUGAUCUCGAAAGCAACCUACUUCGUGGUUCUGAACAUCAAAAUCAAAAGCAGCAGCCCCACUAAUAGACACAAGGUUGUGGUCUAAGCAAAGGAUAACUUGUGAAAUCCGAAAACCUUCACUUAGUAACCUUGUGUAUAAAUUCCACCAGGGUAUCCACCCAAAGCAAACUAGAAAAUCUUUGAGUUUCUUGGGAAUUCAAUAGCCCCAUUACUAUACUUUUUCUAAGUGUUGUACCAACGAUCAAAUCCAAAAGGGGAUUAGGAUACUAUAGCGUUUAGUGAGAGGAAAAUGUCUGAUUGGGGUCCAGUGUUUGUGGCUGUGGUGCUGUUCGUCCUGUUAACGCCGGGUCUGCUGGUUCAGGUGCCGGGUCGCAGCCGAUUUGUUGAGUUUAGCAACUUUCAGACGAGUGGAGUGUCGAUAUUGGUUCACUCACUUGUCUAUUUCGCCCUCAUUUGCAUCUUCUUAUUAGCCAUUGGGGUUCAUAUGUACACGGUAUUCUCUCUGUUAAUGGCGGACUGGGGACCAGUGCUCAUCGGAGUAGUACUCUUCAUACUGCUGCAACCUGGACUUCUAUUUCAGAUACCGGGUAAUAACCGUACUCUCGAAUUUGGGAGCAUGAAGACUAAUGGAAAGGCGAUUGCUGUUCAUACUCUUAUUUUCUUUACACUCUAUGCUAUUCUCAUUCUCGCUGUUCAUGUUCAUAUCUAUACUGGAUGAUCCUGUAGUAACACUACUCCAGAUCUUCUCCUCCUUUUAUGCUACUACCAUUUUCACUAAUCCAACUUGUAAGCCCUAUUUUCUCGCUGAACUUAAGAUCUGUUUCUUUGUAAUUUUGUUUUCAAGCGGAAAUAUCAGAAUUGCUCGCGUUUAUUAUA